AUGGCCACUCCCUUCCUUGUCUCCUUCGACCCCGCUUCCCCCUCCUCCAGCCUCACCCUCCAGCAGAUCGCCUACUUUGGCCGUGUCUCUAUCAAGGUUUCCUCCCUCGCCCAGGCGGAAGAAUUCCUUCGUCAAAACUUCCGUCUUCUCGAUGUUUACGUCGAUGCUACCGACAUCUCCUCCACCGGUGACCUCGUUGACGUCCUCAAUGCCGGUGCCGCCAAGAUCUUCAUCUCCCUCGAACAACUGACUGCCUUGUCGCAAGAACAGUCCGUCCCCUCCUCUCGCUUGGUCGUCUACACCUCUUCCGACUCUCAGAUUGAUGCCUUCCAGCAAUGGGUGGCCGAAAGUGCGGAGAGAAAGGAUGCUGGUCUCUGUGUUGAGUCAGCCGCUUCCGUGAAGGCCGUCUCGGAGAAAUUGGGAUUGAACCCUGAGGCUCAGAGCCUUUACUGCAAGCCCUCGUCUGCCGUUACUGAGGAAUCUCUUAAACAAACACUCAAGGAUGGUGCCGUCAGCAUCAUUUCUUCGCAGAAUUUGACCCUCGACCGCAACCAGGCCGACGGCAAGAUCGCUGCCGCAUCACUUAUCGCCGCGCGCGCUGUCACCGACCAGAACAAUGGCCUCUAUGCCACUUCCGUCACAGAUGAGAGAGGAACAUGUCUUGGUUUUGUGUGGAGUAGUGAUGAGAGUAUCUCCGAGGCUCUCCGUACCGGAACAGGCGUCUACCAGAGCAGGAAGCGCGGUUUGUGGUACAAGGGUCAGUCGAGCGGAGAUGUGCAGGAACUCAUCAGAGUUGGCUUCGACUGUGACAGCGACUGUUUGGUCUUCGUUGUCAACCAGAUUGGCCGCGGAUUCUGUCACCUCGGUACCGCAAGCUGCUUUGGUCCCUACAACGGUCUCUCGCGUCUCCAAAAGACUUUGCAGGAACGUAAGGCAGAUGCUCCUGCCGGUUCCUACACCGCAAGGCUAUUCAACGAGCCCAAGCUGGCGCAGGCUAAGAUUAUGGAGGAAGCCGACGAGUUGUGCCGAGCAGAAACCAAGGAGGAAAUUGCCUUCGAAGCCGCCGAUCUGCUCUACUUUGCCCUGACUCGGUGUGUCGCAGCUGGUGUCAGCUUGGAGGAUGUGGAACGAAACCUUGACCUCAAGAGUCUCAAGGUGAAGAGGAGAAAGGGUGACGCUAAAGGUCCUUGGGCUGAGAAAGCUGGUAUCGCAAAGGCCGCUCCCGAGAAGCCUCAGGAGAAGAGCCAGCCGGCCCCCGUGGUGGAUGAAAACGCACGGAUCGAGAUGACCCGUGUUGUUACCGCUUCGACCCCCGUGAAUGUGGUCAAAGACCACCUCAAGCGGCCUUCGCAGAAGUCCAACGAUGCCAUCGUUGGCCUUGUCCGUCCGAUCAUCCAGGAUGUCCGUGAGAACGGUGAUGCAGGUGUCCUCAAGUAUACUCACAAGUUCGAGAAGGCUACAUCGUUGACCUCUCCCGUAAUCCACGCUCCUUUCCCCGCUGAAUUGAUGCAACUGUCUGCCGAAACACGGGAUGCGAUCGAUGUCAGCAUUGGUAACAUUGAACGGUUCCACGCCGCUCAAAAGGGAAGCAGCGGUGCUCUUCAGAUGGAAACCAUGCCCGGUGUGGUCUGCUCUCGCUUCUCGAGACCCAUUGAGAGGGUCGGUCUUUACGUCCCUGGUGGUACCGCCGUUCUGCCAUCCACCGCCAUGAUGUUGGGUGUCCCCGCCAUGGUGGCCGGGUGCCAGAAGAUCGUCCUUGCCUCCCCGCCACGUGCAGACGGCAGCAUCUCGCCUGAAAUCGUCUACGUUGCGCACAAGGUGGGCGCAGAGAGCAUUGUUCUUGCCGGUGGAGCCCAGGCCGUCGCAGCCAUGGCUUACGGCACAGAGAGCAUCACCAAGGUCGACAAGAUCUUGGGGCCUGGUAACCAGUUCGUGACUGCUGCCAAAAUGUUGGUGUCCAACGACACCUCCGCGGGAGUCAGCAUCGACAUGCCCGCAGGACCCAGUGAGGUCCUGGUUAUCGCAGACAAGGACGCCAACCCUGCCUUCGUCGCUUCGGACCUGUUGAGUCAAGCCGAGCACGGUGUUGACUCGCAGGUUAUUCUCAUUGCUAUUGACUUGAAUGAAGCUCAGCUGCAGGCCAUCGAAGAUGAAGUCGAUGCGCAGGCCAAGGCCCUCCCCCGUAUGGAUAUCGUCAAGGGAUCCCUGGCUCACUCCGUCACCUUUGUGGUUAAGGAUAUCGCUGAGGCCAUGACCCUCAGCAACGAAUACGCCCCAGAGCACUUGAUCUUGCAGGUUAACAACGCAGAGUCGGUCGUGGAGCUCGUGCAGAACGCAGGAAGUGUGUUUAUCGGCCAGUGGACCCCGGAGAGUGUCGGUGACUACUCUGCCGGUGUGAAUCACUCGUUGCCGACCUACGGCUACGCCAAACAAUACUCGGGAGUCAACCUGGGCUCGUUCGUCAAGCACAUCACCAGCUCCAACUUGACAGCCGAUGGAUUGUUGGGACUGGCGCUUACAGUUGAGCAGCUGGCUGGUGUUGAAGGACUUGAGGCGCACAAGCGGGCUGUGAGCAUCCGUGUUGCAGCGAUGAAGAAGAACUAG